AUGGCUUCCGGAGACGAAUACCGGCGACACAAGGCGCACCUAGAGGGCGAGGUCAAGCGUCUCUUAUACCAAAACGAAAAGAAGCAGAUCGAGCUGAACGGAUCUCAAGUGACGAUGAGGGCGUUGAAAGGGCGUAUUCGAUGCUUGGAGACCGAGCUCAGUGACUCACAAAAACUCGUGGCGGAACUGGAAGCUCAUCGACACAGAGCCGCGGGACUAGAGGCAAUCAACACUCGAUUGGUUCCGGAUCUAGAUUCUGCCCGCCAUCUGGUGAAACUUCUGACGACCAACAACGAAGUCCUCCUCCAGAAAAUUAUUGAACUUGGGACUGAUGCUACUGGUCUGGAGAUCAAAACGGCGCGCCUCACGGACGAGAUUGGUUUAUUGCGGGAUGCACUGCGAGAAUACGAGGAGGAGAAAGAGGUCGAAGAAGCCGUUCUUAACCUUGACGAGCAAUCAUCCGUCGAAGCUCCUAGCCAACGAUCAGACUCCAGUGUUGUGUCGACCUCUUCAGACUUCGGUUUCGCACAUCCAGAAAAGCCUUCUUCGUCCUUGGAAGUGCCUCCAUCAGCUGUGAGCGAAGGAGCGCAGAAUAGUAAACUCUCGGAUGACGAUACCAUUGUUUUGGGAGAUCAAGAUGAAACUCAGAGUUCCGAUGCUAAUUCCGAAGUUGUCGACUAUGUUCUGGUACAAAAUACCUUGGCCGAUGCUCAACCUUCAUCGACAACGACGCGUAGGUGUGUAUUUGGGACGAAUGAGAUUUCCAGGAAAAUAAGCCCUUGA